GCGACCCGCCCUGCCCCGCCAGCGACAAAAGCGCCGAGCGGCGGCCCCAGCGCGGCUCCCGACACCAAACCCCACUCCGAGCCCGGCACCGACCCCCGCCCCGGAUCUGACACCGAGCCCGGCCCGGAUUUGAAGCAGACCCCGACACCGUCCCCGGCCCGGCCGCAGGAUGCCAAACUGGGGAGGAGGGAAGAAGUGUGGGGUGUGCCAGAAGGCCGUGUACUUCGCUGAGGAGGUGCAGUGUGAAGGCAACAGCUUCCACAAGUCCUGCUUCUUGUGCAUGGUCUGUAAGAAGAACUUGGACAGCACCACUGUGGCCGUGCACGGUGAGGAGAUCUACUGCAAGUCCUGCUACGGGAAGAAGUACGGCCCCAAGGGCUACGGCUACGGGCAGGGGGCGGGGACCCUGAGCACCGACAAGGGCGAGUCCCUGGGCAUCAAAUACGAAGAGGGCCAGCCCCACCGAGCCCCCAACCCCAGCGCGGGCAGGAUGGCGCAGAAGGUGGGGGGCGCUGACGGCUGCCCCCGCUGCGGCCAGGCCGUCUACGCCGCCGAGAAGGUCAUCGGGGCUGGCAAGUCCUGGCACAAGUCCUGCUUCCGCUGUGCCAAGUGUGGCAAAAGCCUGGAGUCCACCACCCUGGCAGACAAAGAUGGGGAGAUCUACUGCAAAGGUUGUUACGCCAAGAACUUCGGUCCCAAGGGCUUUGGCUUCGGGCAGGGCGCCGGGGCACUGAUCCACUCGCAGUGAGCCCCAGGCUCUCCUGUGCUGCCCGCCCAGGGCUGCUCUGUGCCCGCCCAGGGCUGCUCUGUGCUUGCCCAGGGCUGCUCUGUGCCCACCCAGGGCUGCUCUGUGCCCGCCCAGGGCUGCUCUGUGCCCACCCAGGGCUCUCCUGUGCUGCCUGCCCCCCACGCCGCAGUGAGUGCCCCACUGUCCCCUCCAGCCACCGCUGCUUUGCAGCACCAGCCCCUCCUGCCCUGCCCGGCGCCCCCCGAGCUGGGGUGUCCCAGCACUGCUCCCCACUGUGGGGACAGUGUCCUGUGGGGCAGGUGGCACAGGGGGGCCACUGGCCCCAGUGCCCAGUCCUGCCCUGCGCUGCCUGUCCUGCCGGCCGCCUGCUCAGCCCUGACACCGAGCAAGCAAUAAAACAUCCCAGAUGUCAAAGCUCA